AUGGACUGUGUAGCAGCCUUGAUGGGCCAUGUAGCUGGCUGUAUGGACUGUGUAGCAGCCUUGAUGGGCCAUGUAGCUGGCUGUAUGGACUGUGUAGCAGCCUUGAUGGGCCAUGUAGCUGGCUGUAUGGGCUGUGUAGCAGCCUUGAUGGGCCAUGUAGCUGGCUGUAUGGGCUGUGUAGCGGCCUUGAUGGGCCAUGUAGCUGGCUGUAUAGACUGUGUAGCAGCCUUGAUGGGCCAUGUAGCUGGCUGUAUGGGCUGUGUAGCAGCCUUGAUGGGCCAUGUAGCUGGCUGUAUAGACUGUGUAGCAGCCUUGAUGGGCCAUGUAGCUGGCUGUAUGGACUGUGUAGCAGCCUUGAUGGGCCAUGUAGCUGGCUGUAUAGACUGUGUAGCAGUCUUGAUGGGCCAUGUAGCUGGCUGUAUAGACUGUGUAGCAGCCUUGAUGGGCCAUGUAGCUGGCU